AUGGGAAUGCUCCAACAGCACGCUGAGCUGGUUACAGGCCAAAAAUGCACACUGAGCGAGCCCUUUUCUGCUGGGCAGUACUCGGUAUGCUUCGAGCUGGUCGCCGAGGACGAUAGCCUGAUCAUCGCCCGCGUUCGGCUACCUCGACAUCCUACUGCAUCGUCAAACGUAGCCGAAGAGGACGAGCAGUAUCAGAUUCAAUGCGAGCUAGCUACCAUGCGUUUCGUGGCACAAGGACUCCCCCAGUUGAAGGUGCCUUCUAUAUACGCCUACGAAGGCCCUGGGUCACAACGCGCACUCGACGUCGGCGCUCCCUACAUGCUCAUACAAGGCUUCUACGGCAAUUCUCUAAAUGACCUUGUCUAUGGCGAAACGGCUGAAGGUGUUUCUACUGGUUUUUACUGUCUAUCCGCGGCGAAACAGGAGCAGAUUAUAACCCAGUGGACAACAGGGCCAUUCCAAAACGCUGCUCAUUACUUCACCGCCGCUGGAAUGGGGACUUUGCGACGAGCAUCAGAGUACGACGACACUCAGGAGCAGCCAGACUUGUACAAUCUUGGUGCAACUAUCUUUCUGGAUAUUGUGCGAUACACGCCAUUAUUCGAAUCCCAUGGACCAUAUCCUCUGUGUCACAUGGACUUGCACAUGGGAAACAUUCUGGUAGAUGAUGAUUUGAACUUCAUGGCUAUCAUCGAUUGGGAGUUUGCCCAAACAGUACCAUGGCAAGUAAACUCCUAUCCGGGGCCCUUUCCACUAUGGUCAUCAGAUGAGAGUAUCGAGAAAACCCUGAACGAUCCCGAUCAUGUUGCACACAAGAAUGUGAAGCGACAUGAUGCUGCUAGGAAGCUCUAUAGCAGAAAGUUUGAUGAGGCUGCAGCCAAGUACGCAGACGGUCCAUACCCCGACGGAAGUUAUACAGAGCUUUUGGGCGGAGCAGCCUCAAGAAUUUAUGCAGCGUUUAUGGAGUUAGGGAGUGAUCCAGAGCAGGACCAGCAUCACAUCGACGAAAUGUUGCGUCUGGCAUUCGGUUUAAACGAUGGUACAAACUGGUACAUACAAAACCUAGAUAACAGAUGGAAUGAGGAUAAUUCAUUUCUGCUAGCCUAUAUUAAGUAG